UCUGGAAUUGUGGGAGAUUUCCUGGUGUGUGCUCUUGGAGUUUACUGCAUGUGUUUGUCUGUAUCCGGGAUACUGCUGCUCUCUGAUCAGCGGCCGCGCUCGCGCAUGCGCAGUGGCCGUGGGUGAGAAGAAGCGGGAUCGUGGAGGUGUCCUGAGCUGGAAUUUCCUCCAGUCCUGAGCCAGAGCUUCACGUGUCCUCGUGUUUUUUUUACCGGAGCAGGUCCACGUGCGCGAGCCCGCUGACUCCGCCCCCGCACGGGAGCUGAGGGUCCCCGCCCACCGGGUUCAUAAAGUUUGGAGCGUGAGCAUGUCUGCAAAAUAGUGGGAGAAGUCAUCCAGGAGGUUCUUUCUGCUCCGCGGAGGUGCUGCAGCAUCACAGCUGAGACGAGGAGGCUCACGGGAAAAAGAAAAAUAUUCUUGGAUUUUCACUGGACUCAUAAAUUGCAGAGUGAUGGCUGCUCCAAAGCGGAUUCCCAGCGGUCCCCGGAGACCCGUGAGGCGAAACCUGUUUGGCCCGGUGGACCGGGAGCAGCUUCGGCUGGAGUACCAGGCCGCCCUGCGCAAAGACCUGGAUGAAGCCUCGCUUCGCUGGGGCUUUGACUUUACCUCCGACAAGCCUCUGGAGAGCAGCCACUUCCAGUGGGAGAGCGUCCCGGGGGCCCGAGUGCCGCUGCUGUACAGGUGCUCCUGUCAAGAUGCUGGACCGGUCCAGAAGCCGGCGGAGACGAGGACCCCUCCCAAGAGGAGAAGAGCCGAGGUGCCUCAGAGGGAGAAGGAGAACAUCCCGCUUGUGCCAAAGAAAAGGUCCUUCAACGUGGAGAAAACGCCACAGAAGGAGGAGAAAGGUGGGAUGAAGAGGAAACAGACGAACAUUACAGAUUUCUACCAGGCCAAGAGACGAGUAGUCUUGAUGCCGCAGAAAUCCGGCGAGUGACGGAGGAGCGCCCACGCCGCGCCCCACUCAGGAACCACAUCCUCUGCAGGGGAGUCCAUACCUGUGAACUCAGAGGGGAGGGCUCAAACACAUAUCACCGCUCAGUUAAUUAGGCUACUGUAUGUGAGGGAUUGGUGCUUUUCCCAGGGCUAAGAAGGGGACAUUUGAGCAGAGAAGAUUAACAGUAAUCCACAGAAUCAGUGGAUUUCUCCUCAUUUGGAUCAAGGGGUUGCCAAAGUGAUGACGGACAUUUUUUGCUACUGUACAUUCCACAUCUCAGCUCCCGCCUGCAGGAGAAAGAAGAUGCCGGACACUCCCGCGUGUCACAAUAGUCAGUAACUUAUUCAAGAUGCAUGGAGCGCUGUACAGGAGUCUCAUUUUUGCAUUUUUUAACAUAAGUGAAGUGUUUUUAUAUGAACUUGUGGAAAUUGAUCAAAUUUUUUUUGCUUCAAUCAUGAACCACAGAACUGCUUCUACCUGCAUUUCCAUUCAUUUCCUGUCUCUAAGACGUCGUCUGCUGCUCUGUCCUGAUGUGUGAAUGGCUCUAAUAAUGAAUGUCAAGCGUGUAGCAAGAAUGGAGCAUUUAUAUAGAGAUAUAUAUUUAGCAUGUAUUUGUAAGUAGUAAAAAACAAAAAAAAAUUGCAGUAUUGCACAGAAGUUUAAUGUUUUUAGGUGUUUUAAGCUCCAUAAAGGACGAUCAGGAAAAGUAUUUCAGAUACAAAUGUAUUCACGAGGAAAGCUGAUAAGGUGUCAUGGAUGGAACAAAUGCUUUCUGCUUGUAAAUGACAUAUCUGUCCAGCAAAUCCUGCUGCUCCGGUUAAUCUGGAUGAGUGUCAUGUAAGGUCACUUUAAUCAUUUAUGAACUGACGGCUUCAAAAAGAGCAAACCGGCCCGAAUGCACUUCUGCUUAUGGUCCUGUAAUCACUUCUCAGCUUUUCAUGAGUCUACUCUUAUUUAUUGUGCCUUGUGUUAUUCAUUGUGUUCAGACUGUGUGUAACCGUGAUGAAUCUGAAAUAAAUGCUGAUGAUUAUUCUCAA